AUGGCGAACCGCGGACGGACGCUGGACCCCGAAGUUUUCUCGAUCAGAGAUCUGAAAGAGAAGGCGUCGAAAAAACUACCAAAGAUGUAUCGAGAGUACUUCAACGAGGGCGCUAUGGAUAUGAUAACUCUUCGAGACAAUGAGGCAGCCUUCGACAGAUAUCGUAUACGACCCCGCAUUCUGCGCAACGUGUCCAUGGUCGACACGAGCGCCACAAUAUGGGGAAGCAAGGUGUUGUUUCCAUUUGGGUUUUCUCCCGCGGCUAUGCAUCGACUUGCUCAUCCAGAGGGCGAAGUGGGUACUUCAAGAGCCUGUGCAGCUCUGAAUGUCGCCAUGGGACUCAGUGCCUACUCGAAUGACUCGCUUGAAGACGUCAUCCAGCAAGCCGAAGGGAAGACGAACCCCUAUGCGAUGCAGUUGUUGAAGAGAGCUGAGAAGGCGGGCUACAAAGCUAUCCUUUUGACAGUUGAUGCGCCAAUGCUGGGACGACGAUUGAAUGAAUUCCGCAACUCUUUCGCUAUGCCCAAGGGCACCACUUAUCCCAACAUUGCCCCAGGGUUGGACAUGAGUAACUUGGAAGGAGGAGACAAUGAACUGGCGUAUGAGAAUGGAGUGGACUGGGACGAAGCCAUCUCUUUCGUCAAAAAUCACACCACCCUCGAGCUGUGGAUAAAAGGACUCUACACCGCGGAAGAUGUCGUCACUGCGAUCCAGUACGGCUUGGACGGUGUUGUCAUCUCUAACCACGGCGGACGACAACUUGACAGUGUGCCUGCGACGUUGGAUGCCCUCCGCGAAUGCGCCCCUGUGGCGAAAGGUAAGAUCAAGAUUGCCAUCGACGGAGGGAUCCGCAGAGGGACAGACAUCUUUAAAGCCUUGGCUUUGGGCGCCGAUUUCUGCUUCGCCGGCAGAAUCCCAAUCUGGGGGUUGGCUUACAACGGCCAGAAGGGGGUCGAGCUGGCCAUCCAGCUUCUGUAUGACGAAUUCAAACUCACAAUGGGUCUAGCUGGGCCAUCAGUCUUCGCCAGAUGGUUCAACGUCGCCUUUGCAGCCCGACGAGAGCAGCGCACACGACCUGAUUAG